UGAUUGUGCCGUCCUCUGCUGAAGCGUAGGACCGUGCUUGUGUGUUGCUAAAGGAUAGUUGACCGUACUGAGGUUUGCUUGUGAAGUCAAAUAAUAGAACUAGAUUUAAAAAAAGCGUCUUGCAUAUAUAUAUGCCAAUUUUAUAAAGCUUUUUUGGGGCCAACUGUGAAUUAUAUUUAGUCGGGGGGUCGGAAAAUCGGUCUCUGCGCGUGUGUGUGUGUGUGAGAAAACGUCAUCGACGGUAGGAAAUAAUAACCGCAAAACCACCGUGUGUGUGCCCCCUUCCCCUCGAGUGUCCGUUAGUUGUUGAAGAAAUCUUGUUUUUGCGUACGCCGUGCAGCUUUUACGUAUAUGCAUAUGCCACCACACAGCACCUCCGUACCACCGGAGUGUAGGUGCGCGCACGCGCUUUGCUUUGUAAGUGUGUGUGCGCGCGCGGUGCGCGUGCUGUCUCGCGGGGUGGGAUUGUGUGCGUACGCGCGGGUUCGUGCGGGGUUGCGUGCGUGCACACAGGCGAGCGGUCGCGGUGCUGUUUUUUUGCGUGUCUCUCCGGUGGCGCCCACGGACGCGCGUGUGUGUGAACGAGAGCCGAUGGUGUGAGCGAGAGCGAAUGAUAAAGGAGCAAUCGAAGCAUGUUGGAGGGGAAAAGAAAAAAGAUAAAAAGAAGAAAUAUUUCAUUGAAAAUUUAACGUGGCAAAAUCGGCUCCAAACUGUGAAAGAGAAGGAGAGAGCGAGAGAGAAGGAAACAAAAAAAGAGUGUGGUUUGUGAUCGAGUGUUUGGUUGGGGUUUCGCGGGCGCGAGGCGUUUGGAAAAGGAGCCACCAAAGUAACGGCCACCAGACGCAAAAACAGCACCACAACUUGAUCAUUCUCUCUCUCUCUCUUUCUCUCCCGUCCCCCUUUUCUACGUACAGGCUCUCUUGUGAAGGUGGCCCAGUAAAAUUGAUCUAAAUAACGACGAAUAAUCGGAGGCGCAAUAUUGGCGAAUGCCACAGGCUGCUGCAUUAGAACGAAACGCGGGGCCUCCCGAUUGUGUGUGUGUGUGUGUGUGAGUGAUUGGCAAAAAAACACAAUCAUCGAGCAGCAGAAAAGAAAGUGAAAAGAAGUUGUGAUCCAAGUGUGAUCGAAAAACGGGCAGCGCCAGUACAAACGCAUCGCGGUAGAAUACAGAUUGCUGGUGCUGCUGCUGUGUGGCUCGCUACUGAGUUGUCACGUAGCCGCUUUCCGUUGCGUGUACGACACGCAGGAGCGACAAGUGAAUUUCGCUGCGAAGUAACAGCGCGUGCCACAGUGUGCCGCCCGUGACUGCAGUGUGUGCCGCGCGUGUGUGUGUGUGGUUUUUUUUUUCUCGCUGUUGCUAAAAAGUGUGUGUGCGUGUGGCGUUGUGAGAGCAGCAGUGUUACACUACCAAUUGUUGUUGUUGUUUGGCUGUGCCAGUGUGUGUGUGCGUGAGUGUGGUGCUCCAACCAAGUGGAAGGGGUGGUGUGGAGACUGAAGGUUUUGGCUGCUUCUCGACAUAAACGGUGGUUGUUUUGCAACAACAACAACAAACCAGUAGCAGCAACAACAGUGAUUGCUGCUACCUUGCAUUGCUCACUCUAUAUAUACACACACACGCGCGCGCGCGCGCAAGCAAUCGUACAUACACGUGCGCGUAUUCACCGUUCUCUUUGGUGUGCCUGCAAGGUUGUCCAAGUGUGUGGUGCGGGCGGGGUAGUGCAACAAUUUGACUGCAGAAGGGGUGCAGAACGGCGGUGGAGUCUGGCAUUGCCACGAGCCGUACCCUAGUCUCGCGCUCCUGCCUUCAAACACCUCCGAAACGCACACCUGUGUGUGCCACCAGUGCCAUCUCCGCCACCAGCGCCAGCACCAUUCGGUUCCAUCUGGUUAUCAGUUGGGCCCAGAGCGCCGCAAGCAGCAACAUCAUCCCCCUUCCGUCACUGCGUUGCCAAGAUGGCUGCACUGUGCGCUGGGAGCUACGGAUUGUCACAGCAAGGCAGCCUGAACGAUGAGAACAAGGAGCUGAUUUUCGUCAAGCUGACCGAUUCGGCGCUGCGAGCGAUCGAGGAAUUUCAACGCAACCAGGCAAAAUUAGGUACUUCCCACAACCCAUCGAUACAGUUUCUGCAGAAUGGGCAAGGCUUUCUAUCGUUUCCUUCCGGCGGCAACAAUGUGCAGAAGUUUAACUUCUCCAUUACCGACAUCGACACCGGUUCGAUUGAGUGCAUUCAGCAGGCCCAGGGCCAGCUACAAAAUAUGGGCCAUAUUCCACACAAAAUGCGGAUACACGCGAACGACGAUGUGUACGAAACGACGAGGCAUCGACUGGCGGCCGCCGAAGAAAAUCAAAAGAACAAAUGCACUAGGGAAAUCAAACCUAAUCAAACCGAUAUUGGGCGUAAAGUGAAGUUAAAAAACCCAGCCAUCCGUAACAUUCCUAGUAGUAAUGCAGCAAUUGUAAACAAACGUGAUUCUAUCUAUAGCAACAAUACUGUGAAUAAGUCAUCCUCCGUAGCAGCAAGCCAGCUAUCAUCUAAUAAUAGUGUUAAUAAUUAUAACAACUUAGCAACAUCACCAAAACUAGUUAAAGCGAAUGGUCUGCACCAGUCGUCCCAACAGCAACAGCCGCCUCAGCAGCAACAGCAACCGCAACAACAGCAGCAGCAGCAGCCGCUGCUGCAACAAAAUAAUCAAUCGCAACAACCAACUCAGUUGCUUCCGGUGCAGCCAAAGCCCGGGUAUCAACAUACCGUGCACGAUCCACCUCAUACGCAGCAGCAACAGAAGCUGUCGGAAAAUGGGAACGUCCAAAAUAGGGUAGCUAAUGGGCGCAAGACUGCAAAUGCCGAUUACAUGAAGUGCAACAUAAAAGAGCGUCUCAUCCACAUGCUAGCAUUGAAGCCAUACAAGCGGCCGGAGUUGGUUGUGAAAUUGCAGCAAGAUGGUGUGCGCAAGGAAGAGAUGAAAUGUACUCAGCAAAUACUAAAAACCAUAUCCAGCAGUCGAGAUGGUGUGCUUAUACUACAUCGGAAUAUUUGGAACGAGGUGCAGGACGAUUGGCCUUUUUACUCGGAACAGGAUCGACAGGCCGUGAAGCGGAGAAGGCCUCAAAAUUUGACGCCUCCGCUUAGCUCCGAUGGUGGCUCGUCGACUUCCGGUCAGAGCCCUUCCAGUACACACAACGGGAACAGUCCACAAUCGGGUACCAAACGAACUGUUCUGGCCGGUAGUGAAGAAAUCGGCUCAACACCCACAUCCAAAAAGCAACGCAUCAGUCAUUACAAGAAAGAUACCAAUUCGGAUCAUACGAGACCUAAUCUAACGCCUAACGCCCAGGAAACGGAAGAUGGUGUUAGUUUGAGUUACUCACUCGUAUCGAACGAUGUUGCCAAACGGAUAGAAUCGUCAGUGUGUGAGACGGAGGCAGAACGGGAACCAUUCGAUACCGGCUAUCUGGACGGUGCGCAGCAGAUGAACGGCGGGGGAGAAGAUGAUUUUGUGAACCAAUUCACAAGGAUAACAUCAGUUGAGCAACGGCGUAGAUACAAGACUGAAUUUGACAACGAAUACAAGGAAUACCGGCGACUGCAUGAAGUGUUAGAGAAUGCUUCGAGGAAAUUUGCUCAGUACGAAGAUGAUCUGCUCCACGAACCGAAAGAUACGCAACGAUACAAGGAAAUUCAAAUGAAAAUUUUGAAAGAAUACGAGAAAAGUAUUAAAAAUGUUAAAUUUCAACAGGACAAAGAGCGGUUUAACUAUCUACACAAGAAAUUGUCCCAUAUCAAGCUACUCGUUCGUGAUUACGAUACUUCGUUAACGAACGGUUCGGGCAGGCCGCAGGAGAAUUACUGACGAUUGUUGAAACACAUGAAGCGUUUGUAUUUUAUAUGUUGAAAAAAAAAGACAUUAUUUAUUUCGACGGGAUCCAAUCAGUCAAUCUUCACCGCGCACUGUACCGCUAACCACACCUAUUCGUGAAUCUUCCGGAAGAGCAACCAAUCAACCAUUCAUACAGCAUCGGUUUUUUUCAUAGUUUAGAAGCGUUAGAUAAAAGCACAAGUUUGUUGAAUUUUAAACUGUGUACUGCGAGUGUUCCGACGAAUAAUCCAAAAUCAACAAAUUCAGAACAGCAUGUGCACUGUUCAAAAGGAGUUUGUAUAAUAUUUGAAUCGGUGCUAAAACCUUUAAAUUUGGAACCUAUUGUGCAUGAACUGUUUUAGCAUUUACGACUUAGCAGCUGCUUAAUUCCACUUCAAGCAGUCAUCCGUAUGUCGAUAUAUUGUCCCAAUAUGUCAACCGAUACAAGUGCGUUAUAUUUUUCUAAAAGUUUUUUUUUAUACUUCUGGUUUAAUCAGGCAGAAAAUCUUUUGUUUAAUCACUUUACUGCUGACGCCUAAUAAUGGAUGAGUGAAGAAUCACAAGAACGUAGAAGAUUGAUGCCUCAUGGAACACACAUUGUUUACACCCAUUUUCUUGUAGUGAGCAAAGCUACUAUUGUAACUGGAACGGCCUUGUUUCGUAUCGGUGGUAUCUCUCUGUGGUGUGUGGACUGUUACGUUUAGCAUACCGAGCUGGAAGACAAUGUUUGCCAUACUAUACUACUUGGUUUAUAUGCACGGUAGUCAGUACUUUCCACGUGUCCACGUGUUUUGCCUAUCCUGGAACCUGGAAUGCAUAAUUCAUUAAAUAAAUCACGCCUAGGUAAACUACGUAAACCUUUUGCCAAAAUCUCGGAAUCAUCCAUGUCAUGAAAACAAAAAUGCAUAUUGCUUUCAAUGUGCAAAUACAAAGAAAGCAGUUCAGAUGAAAUUGGAUCGGAACGUUAAUAAUGUUUGAACCCCACCCUGACCUGAAGUUAGUGUGGCUUCAGUGUGGUGCGAUCGUAUAGGCCGGAUUCGUAUCUAGCUAGUGUCGGAGAUUAUCACUGGAACAAACAACCUCAGUGUGUGUAUGUUGGAAUGCACUUAUCCACGUAGAGAUACGUAUGAAGCUAUAUAGUUAUUACGCUCGAUUGAGGUUGAUCCUGUUUUAUGCAGUGUACGCCGUGGUCGUAACUGCAGGAAGUGUUUAAAAGUAACGUAAUUUAUCAAUUAAGUUCACAACAUGCUAAAAAGUGAGAAGUGUUAGAAAGCAAAACUAGGAAACAAAAAAAGUAUCUUAAAUCUGCUGCGCAGCGGCGCUCAUAAACAGGCUUGGGAAUGUGUAAAAGGUUAUUUAGUUAACUAGUGUUCCUUUUUGUUUGUUCCGUUAGUUAAUUGGUUAUUGAUUGUUUAGCUGUAAGGAUAUAAAGCAACAAAGUGUGAACCGAUGAUGAUGAACGAGUCAGAUAAAGUGUACUCCACUACAUAGUGAAGUGACAGUUCGCCACCGCUCGUGUUAGCAAAAGCACACACACACACAGUUACAGUUAGCAAAUAUUGAUUUAGUAGUGCAGAUUAAGCUGAAGGCAUCGUAAACAAACGAUUGUACAUAUUCAAUGGCAGAUACACGAUAAGUGGAGUGUGCAUAUGUGCAUUAGUAAUACUUCUGGUAGUGAUAACAAUGAGUAAAAGUAUCAUGUGCGCAACACUAUUGGCAAGUGGUGAGCCAGAAAAAAGGAACUUAUUGUCUACCAAAAAUCACAGAAAGGAGGAAACAAUAAUCUGCACGUAAAGCUGCCCAAAGCGCGCGCGCCAUCCGUUCAAUUUAAUUCUAGUUUUGUUUCUUUUGCUUGUUUUUCUUGUUGUAUAUACAUAGAAACAGAUUUGUAGGGAGAAAUGCUGAAGAAUUUCAAAAAAAAAAUUAAAACAAAAAAGAGAUAUUAGUGCCACACUCUGUAAACGAGGAAAAAAUAAUACGCAUUACAUGUAAUUACACAUCGACCCCCGCAAUACAUCGUUUCUAUAAAACACACGAAGCAACACCCGUGCGCGCCAAACUCAUGUUGAGAGUAAUGUUUUGCAUUAGAUUGCCACAAGGAGGGGAUUACUUAAACAUCUUGCAGGAAUUCUCCCUUUUUCCCCCCCACAACAAAAAACUACGCAGGAAUAAGACCAGCAGCUGGCAAAAUUAUCUGGGCGUAGCAAAAUUACUGGCCAAAAUGUGUGUGUGCCAUGGUUGAUGUUGUGGCCAGAAUCAGUUCAGAGAAGCGAGAAGCGAUAUGACAUAUUUAACAUACGCGCAACAAGUUGUUUUUGUUACUGAGGAGAACAAAAUUGUAAAUCAAACCCGGGGGUUUUUAAGAGGAAAAACCAAGGCUACAUCCAAAAUUUUCACACAAAAUCGUUCAUCUAAACACUUGAUAAACACCGCCUACGAAUUAACGCUCCGACCAAUAUUAUAUUAUCAGAUAAUUAGAUUAUCAUCACACUUUGUUACCAACAGUUUUGAAUUUAAUUAUAUUUCUUUUUACGUUCAAAAUUUUGUUGUUUUCUUCUUCUUGUUUUACUGAUGAGGGCGUCCGGCAAGUUUGUUUAGUGGUUGGUGAAGCCAUGUAAGUAAAGCUUAAAGCCCGUUAAAAGUGAACCACUUCAUGACUCAACUGUGCAAUGGUUAAAUAAUACGUUUUUCUGCGUUCUAAUUGCUUUGCGGUUCGUAUUAUACGACAAUUUUAUUCAAACUGGCUUAUUGUUUAAUAAUUUAUUGUUCCGAAGGUUUUAAUAUAUGUUUUUAUUAGGUUUUCUUUCGUUUUCAUUCACUUGAUUCCGCCAUUUUACUGCACAAAAAUAGUAGAUGAACAAUUUUCUUUUUAUCCUUUUGUUUCUAUAUGCGGAAGCGUAUUGAUUUGGUCGAUUUGACAACGCUAAUGACACUAGUUACACUAAAAUGUUGCGUGCCACGUACAGUCAGCGAAUGUUAGGCUAGAAAGACUUUGUCCUCUGUGUGAGGAAAGAAGCAAGGAACACAACACUACAGUUUGUUUUAUUUAGAAAUGAAAUUAAGCUAUGAUAUGGCAACGACUGAAAGACGAAAACAAUGAAUAGCUAAUAAGAUGUGAGAGAGGCGUGUGUGUUGCGUGAAAAAAAAAGAGAAGCGUUGCUAGAAAGGUACGAAAAAUCGGCAAUCAGACAAUGCAAAACAUUUCAAUCAAAAUGUAGCAACAAUCGACCGUUGUAAGCACCGAUCGAACUAACGUGGUGUGGCGAAAGUUGCAAUACAAAAUUGUCAAAAAGUUCUUUUUUUUUUGUUUUGUAAAUUUGGGUUUCGGUUUAAAUUGUCGUUAAAAAAUAAUGGGUGAAUUUAGCAUAAAUUUUGCAACGUAAAAGAAAAACUCUACUACUAUACACAAAGUGCCAAGAAUGCUUGAUUCUGGUUGGUAGCAAGACAUUCCCUCCUUUCUAUUUGUUCCGUCAGCUGUAACACGCGCCCGUUGCAGCGUUAAACAAGGAAAACAAUUGCCACAGUUAAAAACAUACAUAAUUUGCAACGAUAUACGAAGUGUUUCAAUACAAAACACGUAUGUGUGUGCGGACUGCAACAGUUAGGUAACACGGAACGAAGCAGACCAGACAAAAGAUGAAGAAGAAACAUACCGUGAGCGUCCACUACUUCAGUCUUCGUAAAAAUCCUUCUGAUCAUGCGCGUCCGUAUGUGUUGACCGUAAGGGGUUGGUAGUACUUUUAAUACAAUCACAUUUAAAAAAAACUUCCUCCGUCUAUGAAUGCAGAACGCAAACGAUAUACGAUUUACAAGAAGAAAAACAUAAGGAGGAUUUUAAUAAUCCGGCUCAAACGUCAUGACACACAGCUUAACUGCAGCAUUACGGUCCACGCAAACAAGAGAUUUUACUUUCAGCGAAGCGAAUAUAAUUUGUUAACGCAUUUAGUCCUUCCUAGUUAUCCGCCCGUUUGAAUCCGUAAACCAGGAACCGAUCAUGAAGCCGAUAGAAACGUAGCUCGUCCAGAACAGCGUAAUACAUUUAAUGUCCACAACAACAACACCAGCUGUACGAUUGUACAAUGAAACAAUGUACACGUACGGAGUGCAACGUAUGGCAUAGACUGUCACAACAAUAAGCGCGUAGCACGGUUAGGCUCCAAUUUAAAUUGCAAACACACAACAGACUGAUAAUGAGAGAGGAGUACGGCGGGAAAUAGCACGCGUGCGAUCAAUAACAGGCGUACAAAACCGAAGCAAAGUGCAAAUUUGUUAUCAUCCACGUUAGCACGCGUAGCGCGUGAAAACAAAAAAAGUUGUGCCGAAAAUUUUGAAAUAACAAAUCUUAUUUAAUCUUUCCUUCCAGUGCCGUAUGUUGAAGUGAAACAAAUUUUUGAGAGAACUCUGGCGUAUGGCGAAGUAAUUGCCACGAAAUGAAACGUACGAUCGGCUCACAAUGAAUGAGUUGUGACUUUUGGAAGCAUCAGUAAGAUUACCUAACAGAAAUCCCCACGAGGGUGUUUUGAUGUGCUUAAAAGCGUUCGAGCUAGGGAAAAACACGACGCAAAAGGAGUAAACUCAGCUUGUGGUCCACUAACGAAAACGGGACCGACGGUGUCGUGUGAAGGACAACUAGAACUGUUUAGCAACGAAAAUGAUGGAUAUCUUGCCAAAGAGAGCAAUUUUACUGUAACAGUGAUUUGUGAGGUGGAAAUACUGGACGCGGAGAUGUGGUAAGAGCAUUUCAAAAAUUUUACUUUAUAAGCCGUACCAACGACAGUACCAAUAUGUAUGUGGCUAUAGUUGCAGAUGAUUGUAAAAGCAUAACGAUUUAACACUCGCAACGACCAGUUUGUGACUUUCUUCAUUUCUAUUCGAUUACUACUGCUCCGGAACAGAAAUUGCAUUUGGAACUUCCUUAUUACUAAACAAAAAUGUUACUUGCAGGGACAAUAAUAUAAACGAAGGAUCGAAAAAUUGUACAUUGUCUUCGAAUGUGUUGCGUUUUGUACGCACUCAUGUUGUCAAACAUUAUAAGAAAUCUUCUGAAACGCAAACGCACGCAAACCCCAAUAGAAAUCUGUUGUGCUUCCCUUAAUUUUUGUUAGCAGAAAUUGAAUUCGACUUCCAAAGUUGCGCUACCGAAUUACUUAAAAAAAAUCCUCUUUUUCUUUUUAUUACACGUGUUGUGCGCCUACAAAUAUCAUGUAUAUUACGCGGGGUGCGACAUAUUACGACACCUAGCCUUUGAUAUACUUGCUUAGAACCCGAAACGUACGCUAACCAUUCGGACCGAAACACGAAGCAUGAGCAAUAGAAAGCAAUCGUAGUGCUUGGCAGAAUUAUAUAGACAGAGAAGAAAGAGAAAGUGAGAGGAACUAUAUUUAAAGCAAAAUCCGCUUCUUGAUGUAUACAUGCAUGCCUUUAACAAAACAAAACGCAAACACGUCAGUAAAUCAUAAAACAAAACAACAAAGAGAAAGAAAACCAUAACAAGUCAAGAGAACUGAUGCUACUUCUCAUGAAAUCGCGACUGUAUCUAAAGGAACCGAAAACUGAGGCUGCACCAUAAUGGACUGCUCAGUAGACCGACAAAGUUGGCAAUACGGUGUAUCACUUGAGUCUUUGUAAAUACUUCCUGUCAACUCUCCAGCAAAUUGCCAUCGCCAGUAGACACCUCAAACAUAUGGAAUGGAAGAUUGUGAAAACACACACACAAAACCGCGGUGCGCGAGCCAUUACAAAUCUUUGUUAUUGCUUAUUACACAAUCGCACUGCAAUAUAGAUUUUUUGCAGCUAUUAAGGGGACCAAAAAUUGGCUAAAAGUUACCAAAAUUAGGAGACAGUACAGCACGUACUAACACAGAAAGGAUGGCAUUAAAACAGCAAAAUAACCACAAACGAGAAGGUUUAAGAUUUCAUUCGAGCUGGUUCUCCAAUGAUGUUUGCUCCGUUAAUCAUUAAAAAAAGGCGACGUUAACGUUUAUCUUUAGUAGGUGUUUGGUUAUAAGUGUAUGAGUUUCUUUGUUUUUGUUUUACUCUUACCGUGUCUUGGCAUUCAAAUGUUUAGCACAGUGCGAAAGGAAGUUCCGUGUUAUUUUUUAAUUUAAGUUCAUUUGUUUCGAUACACACAAUGCCAGCUCAUCGUCAAGAUGUGGAUUUGUGUGAAAGCAAGUAAACUAAAAGUGAAACCACAAAUAGCAAAAGCAUAUAACAUGCAAAUCGAAAUCAAAUCAGUAUAAAUACUUAGUUUGAACAACAACACAACAAGUUAAACACUUGAAAAGCAAUGAAAAGCCCUCUCCAUUAACAAGAAAAAAAUCAAAUCCGACAAGAAAAAAGUAUACAAACGAUUGAAAUGAAGUCCGUUUUACCACAAGUCAAUAUUCUCUGACCCCCUUUGGCGUGUUAGUGGUGGCAUUCUCUUUUCUGCACAAAAUGUAACCAUGUUUGAAACAAUGUCAAUGUAGAAUAACGUUUAAACAAACAAACUAAGCAAACACACAAAACACACAUGUGUAAACUCAAAAAUUGCACAACAACACAAAACCAAAAACACGAAGAAACAAAUUGUUUUUUUAAACUGCAAAACAAAUAUAUCAAAAGCAAAAAAGCAUAUGGAUGAAAACAAGCAGCAGAUUGUCAGAACAGUGAAUGGAAAAAAUACCCAGUAGGAAGUAGUGGGUGAAAUAUUUACGAAGCAAAUAUAUUACACACGUCACUGUGUAUAUAGUGUAACAGCAACAGAUUAAAAGAAGCAAAAUCAAACAAGAAAUAAUUAUUUUUAAUAUCACACAGACAAAAAAUUAAGUAAUCAAAUGAAGUAAAACAAAGCAGUGCAGAAGAGAAGAGCCAUAUCUGCGAAAAAAAAAGUAGAAUCCAUGAUGUAUUAAAAGAAUCAGCGACAAAUGGCGCUAUAUCAAGAGCCUGUGAAUCGUAGAAGGAGCAGAAAUUUAAAAACAAUUAUCCCCUUGUAGGCAGCUAGCAAGCAAGUUAUACCGGACAUGUUGAAACAAAACCAAACACAUCUCAAACAGCCUUUCUCUCAUGCCAAGUUGUGAACCCCGCUUUCCUUAGAUGAACCCCUAGAACCCCCGUAAAACCCCGAUCUGUCUUAAGAUUUAGAGUCUGCAGUUCGUGCAGUUAGGAACACAAUGCGAGCCAAAGCCAUGUCAUUGUGUGCAUGUUCACGUGUACACUCAAACUUACGUUGCAUUCUCUUAUAAAUAGUUUGAAAAUUUGUAAACAUACACGCAUAAGUAUGCAAACAAAAGCACGUGAUGUGUUGCUUACUAAUUUCAUGAAUCUUUCGUUACCUUGCCAGAGGUUAAGCGCUCCUCCAGACCUAAACAGAAACACAACAUGUUUAACGGUUUUUAGUUGUAUAUGUGAUUAUUAAUGGGCGAAUGUUGUUCGAUUCAAUCAAAACCCACCACCCCCGCCACCUCCACGUAUGAUGCGAAUUUGCGAUGCUCUCAAUAAUGAUUUGUGACUAAAAAAGUGUACUUAUUGAACAAAGCAAUGAAGUUAUACGCGCAAAGCCACAUUUCAUCUGCGUGUUGUGGGGAAUUAUAAUGUGCGUCCACCAUAGCACACACACAGACACAAUCCCCACACCAUUUGCCCUAAAAUAUCCAGCGCGACUCAGCAUAAUUCCGCAAACAGAAGGAAAAGUUCGUUUUGACAGUUGUGUGUAGUGUGUAUGCCUAGUAGUAGCCAUUGGAAAACGCGCGAAAGAAAAGUGUCAUUAUGUUUUACCCCAGCUAGUGGUUGAUUUCAGAUAGCACAGAGAAGUGCACCGAUGUGGUGCCGGCUAGCAACAAAAAAUGGAACAAGUAAGAAGUAGUAACACACAAGUGAAAAGGAGAAGAAGGAAAACAAAUUAAAGACUGACUUAUUUCUAUAACAGUUUCUGUCCUCUCUGUAGGAACUUUGUUGCUAAGCAUUGAGUUGUAUUUUUUUGUUGUUGUCAAAUAAUUAGUUACAGUGUUUCCGUGCUCCAAGUUUCGUAGUUGAGAGGGGAAUGAUAAUUCACUUGAGAGAAUUAAAUCUGAGUGAGUGAGCGAGUGAGUGACUCACGUAGCGCCUUGAAAUUUAAAUGUGGAAAAUGAAACAAGUUAGGGAAGGCCCUUAACAUGUAUCGGCCCAUUGCCCAACUGACUCAUAGUGAUAUGAAUCAUGCGUGAGUUAUUCAACUUUUGACAGGGUUGAUUUGGAAUUUAAAUUAUUAGAUGAGAUUAGCAACUCACUAAUGCGUUGAAUGUCUCAUAAGUAGCCUAAAUCGCUAAGAGUGAGCUGUUAGUAAUCGCGAAGAAUUAAAUCCAUUAAAAUUACUCAAAUAUCUCCUGAGUGAUUUCCGUCGCUAGGGGUGAGUAAAUUCACAAAAGAGUUCAUCUCACGUUGGAGAUUUAAAUUCAUUCAUUUUUUAAUACCUAAACAGUAUGCACCUCACUAGAUGAUAGUAGUGAGCAAUUUCGAUUUGUGUUUGUUGUGUUUCACUACUAUUGUUUUGCGAUUGGGAAAAACUUGGGCACGGUAGAUUGUGGUAGAAAAAAGAAAGAUCUUUUAUGUUAUUUUUACAAAAAGAAAAACACGCACCGAUGAGGUUUGCGAAGAAACGAUUUAAAAAAGUCAAAAAUCUAAGGUUGUGUUUACUUAAUCUAACUGUCAUCGAGUUUUGAACUUUGAAUAUAUACUCAGUGCUACUAUACGAACAUUUUUAAGUGGUAUGACGUUUAGGCUCGUCCGAGAGGGAUCAACACACUUGCGAUUUCGAGGUAGUUGCGCAUUUGUGGAUUUUAAAAUUGUUCGCGUAUUGAGCGCGUGGUUUUUAGCCAUUAUUUGUUUCAUUUUUUAUCAUCCUCCAAUAUUCUCGCAUGAUUUGAAGGAUAAAAUGACGGAAAAUGUUAGCACACCCUUUCAGAACGUCAUUUGCAAAUUGCUAAUAGUUGAUCAACUCUCCCCCAUGGCAAAUGUAUUGGAGAAAAGUUAACAAACCACGUGUGAGUGAAUGAGUGAAACACAGUUCGGUUCAAAAUGCGCGCGCGCCCAUAAACGUACAGAAAUGGCCUUUUGUUUUGCACCGGAGGCACACACCUUACGACUGAACUACUAGGAAUAUAGGAAACGUACCGAAAAUGGCCGAAGAAGUAAGGCGGCAAAGAAUUAUUUCAUCGUCUUGUAUAGAAGGAAUCUGCAACUGCAUACCACUAACGGUCGCGAAAACGGAACCUUUUCGACCAUUUCCAUUGCUGCACGCCAAGGUUCUCUCAGUGGAUUGGGAAAAUUUGAUCGUUUCGAUCGUUGACGCCAUUUAACAGGUGUGUCAACUGAAGAAGAUGAAGGUUAAAUUGAAAGGUAACCGCUGAACCAAAGCUCAUGUUCUCCAUCCUUUAUGCGCCACCACUAACUGUCGGAAUGAAUACUACGAAUAUAACUCCCAAUUGUGAAAAGCAACCAAAGCUUAACAUCAAUGAACGAAACACCACUAACGGUAAUGGAUUUUGAAUCCGCACGAAACACAUACACACACUCUCAAAUGGAAUGGAUUGCCUUUUCUUAGUGUACACGUACCGCAGACACGUGUGCAUCGGUGCAACACGUGUGUCACUCUCUUACACGGCGUCAGUGUUUGGCACCGGGCGUGAAUCGAUCACUUCCAACGAAGAUUGCUUAAUGACAGCGAAAAAGGGACGGGGCCAACCCGUACUCUCGCACACAAGGAAAGAAGAACAGAGUGUAAUAUGCAUUUUUCAGUGAAUUAUGUAAACCAAUCAAAAUAUCAAAAGUCUUGCUUACGAUUAGUAAAACGGAAUGAGCAUAAAUGAAAGUGUGACCGUACGCGUCCUAAACUGAAUUCAAAAACACUACAAACAUGAUACUAAAAUGCGCCCGUGCGCACAUAGUUGUGAAGUACGAGUACGAGAACGAAAGAUGAACAACAAUUACACAGUGUAAGAUUGCAAGUUGUAUGUAAAGUAGUGAACGCAAGCAGAAAGAGAGAAACAUCCAUAAAUGGGUACCGAAUGGAUGAACAAUAAAAUCAUACAAUCGAUCAUGAUAUGUAAAAAACAAACAGUACACAAUACAACAAACAAACAAAAAAAAACAUUUACAAAAACAAACAAGCAAGAGAAGAGCGAGUUAGAAGGAAAACGAUCCACACAAA